CAGUCAUCUCUCGGCUGCCCCGGAAACCCCACGGGGGCUGAGGGGCAUGGGGCAUUGCGAAACCCUGGUAGUGGCGGCAGUGGCAGUGGGGGAAGCAGGAACCGCCUGGGAUGUUCAGUCAUGACACGAGUGCUCACGGAGCAGAUCCAGACGGCCGCGUCCUGUUACCUCAAACGUCGGCUCAAGGAUGUGCCCUGCCGGCUGAAGCAGGGGCUGCGCCGGUUGCAGAAUGCCCAGGAGAUGGCAGCCAGUCUCGCAGCCCCAUCAGAAUCUGGUUGUGACUUCACAGUGUCUGUAGCCUCUUGCCAGGGAGAGACCCAGCAAUAUGAAGUACAGUUACGAAGGCUGUGUAAUUUUCUCACCGACUCUGACUCCCAGCAGAGCCGUGAAGGAGAACCCAGCGCCGAUAAUGUCGUCGAGCAGCUGCGGAUCACGCGCACCAGGCAGGAUAUCCUGUUUACGUGUAACUUCCGGCUACGUGCCUUCCUGGACGACAAAUACGUGAUCUGUCGACCGGAAGACAAGCUGCAACUCCUUUCGCAGCUUCCUCCGGAGGAACGACGCCACGCCUGACAGAAGUCCUCGCCUGGCGUGUCAUACCUGGACGUGCGGCCCGCCGAGAAGAUGGACUUUCAGCUCUGUGCCAGCGGUGUCCCCUCCGGUGGCGAGGGCAGCAGCCUCGAGCCCCCUGACAUGCCGAGACCCGUCCUGCAGAACGAGGAGGCGCUGAAGGCCCUGCAGGAAAGCAUCAAGCGCGUUCGGGAUGGCCCCCCGUCCCUCACCACCAUCUGCCUCUACGCUUUCUACAACACGGAGCAGCUGCUGAACACGGCAGAGGUCUCCCCGGACAGGAGGCUGCUUGCCGCGGGAUUCGACAACUCCUGUAUAAAAGUGUGGAGUCCGCGUUCCAAGAACUUAAACUCCGAACCGCGUCAAGUCGACGCGUCUCACAUCCACUUGGCUCGUGAUGUCCCGGAGGAGGACGAGGAUGACAGUGCAGGUCUGGAGAUGAAAGUCCUGCGGGGACACUGCGGGCCAGUGUACGGCACCAGGUUCCUCCCGGACAGCUCUGCGCUGCUCUCCUGCUCUGAAGACACGUCCAUCAGGUACUGGGACCUGGGCAGCUUCACCAAUACCGUGCGGUACCAGGGCCACGCCUACCCCGUGUGGGACCUGGACAUCAGCCCGCACAGCCUGUACUUCGCCAGCGGGUGCCACGACCGCACGGCCCGCCUCUGGUCAUUUGAUCGGACGUAUCCUCUGCGAAUCUACGCCGGGCACGUGGCAGACGUGGACUGCAUCAGGUUCCACCCCAAUUCAAACUAUUUAGCCACGGGCUCGACAGACAAGACGGUGCGGCUGUGGAGCACCCAGCAGGGGAACUUGGUGAGGCUCUUCACCGGCCACCACGGCACCGUGCGCUCCCUGGCCUUUUCCCCCAACGGUAAGUACCUAGUGUCUGCAGGCGAGGACCGGCGGCUGAAGCUGUGGGACCUGGCGUCCGGGACCCUCUACAAAGAGCUGCAGGGCCACACGGACAGCAUCACCAGCCUCACCUUCAGCCCGGACAGCAGCCUGAUCGCGUCAGCAUCCAUGGACAACUCAGUGCGUGUCUGGGACAUCAAGAGCACGCACAGCUGCACGCCCGCAGACGGCUCAUCCAGAGAGCUCCUGGGCGUCUUCACCCGCCAGAUGAGCAAAGUGCUGAGCGUGCAGUUCAUGGCCUGCAACCUCCUGCUGGUGACCGGAAUCACACAAGAAAAUGAGGAACCUUGAUUUGUAUAUUUGAUGUCAUGGGCUGGUGCAUGCAAAGGGCACAAGACUGGAAGUCUUAGGACAGACGGAUGGAAUCACUGCCUGACUGUGAAAGACCCACAGAUCUCCUGAGCCCACCACCCUCUUCUCAGUCCUUCCCCAGUGUGGAAGGACAGGGGAAGGAAGGGUGGUGAUGAGAAUGAACAUGAAAUCUGGAAUCACAGAGAUACCGCUGUGUCCUCCUGUGGCUCUUUCCAGUCUCUGGCGCCAAGGCAGCCUUGCUUCACUGGGGCUGCACUCAACAGGAGGAUGUUUCCUGGGCGCCCUCCGUAGGACCAGUGCUGCAGGGUCAUUGAGUGGAGGGGACUCUAUUAGGGCAAGAAUGCGGGGGUGGGAAUUAGCAAAUGGGCAGGGUCCUGCUGGCAAAUGUCUUUCCUUUUCUGUGAUUGCAGAGAGCUGGGAUUUUUUAUUGUUGAGAAGAAGAAACCUAGCACUGGCAGAGACACUUCUCUGCUCUCAUCUUUCAGGUUUUUCUCCUGGUUGUGAUACUUGGAAUUUUGAGGUUCAGGGGAUUCAGAGAACUUGGUUGCACAGUCUGUUGGGAGAAAGGAGAAACUUCUGGGUGACAGACGGAUCAUUCCAGCUGACGUUUCUAGAAAUGGGUAUGUGGAUUUCAUGGAGGAAGUCUUGGGCUCUUGUGUCCAUGAUGGAAAAGAAUGAUUAUUAUGGGGAUUGCACCUCUAUUAACAGUUCUGUCCCCUGAAAGGGCAGAUUGUGGUAAAGAAAUGAAAGUAAUUGGAAGUGAAAAGUGGUAAGAUAGAAAGUGUUGAAUUUCCAGAUGAUUCUGAGGUGUGGCUUUUCCAAUGUCUUUUUCUCCUGAGAUGGUCCCUUCUACCUCCUGCUUUGCAAUAGAUGUUUAAUGAACAGUCUGUGAAACAUAUCUUAAGUGUGAACACCCACAUCAAAAACUGCACUUUGAAGAUGAAGCAACUUCUGAUUUGUUGGAUUAAAUAAUUCUGUUUCCUGAAGAGAGUUUUUUGUAUUUUGUUUUCUAUUGAUAUGUAUUUAGUUCCAAAAAAAUAAAGGU